GACCUCUCUAAUUCCAAACAAGAAUUCGUUACUUAGUAAACUCUCAACUCUUUAUGCUCUCUCUCUGUCUCUCACCUUCUCUAUCUCUUCAUUCCUUGACCUUCUAGCUUCUACCCAUUAAUCUCCCUGUGUUUGCUGAGCCUGUUCAUCCAUGAUUUGUUAAAAAGUUUGCAUCUUUAUGCUACAUCCUGAGAAAGGUUUUUUCUUUUUAGAGAUGAAGAAGAGAAGGAAUCACCAGAUUUUCUUGCUGUUUCUUGUUGGGUUUUCUGCAAUUUUUAUUUGUGCGGAGUCUCAAACAAACUUAAGUGUUGAUGCUACUGCCAUGCUUGCUCUCAAGAAGAGCCUUAACUCGCCUGAAUCUCUUGGGUGGUCCGGGUCGGACCCCUGCCAGUGGAAGCACGUUGGGUGCUUCAAGGAACGGGUUACCCGAAUACAAAUAGGGCACCAGAACCUAUUUGGUACACUCCCUCCAGAUCUUCAAAAUCUCACUCAACUUGAGCGAUUAGAGGUUAUGUGGAACAACAUUUCUGGUCCUGUACCUAGCUUGAGUUGGUUAAGUUCACUGAAAGUGGUUAUGCUAAGUAAUAAUCGAUUUUCUUCAUUUCCCAGUGAUUUCUUCACUGGAAUGUCUUCUCUGCAGUCCGUGGAGAUUGAUAGCAACCCAUUUUCUUCUUGGGAAAUCCCAGAAAGCUUAAAAGAUGCUUCCAGUUUGCAGAAUUUCUCUGCGAAUUCAGCCAACAUUUCUGGGGAAAUUCCGAACUUUUUUGGGUCGGAUGUCUUCCCGAGUUUAACCAUAUUGCAUUUGGCCUUCAAUAGACUUGAGGGUGGGCUGCCCUCCAGCUUUGCUGGUUCUCAGAUAAAUUCAUUGUGGCUAAAUGGGCAGACUAGUGCCGGUAAACUCAGUGGGGGGAUUGAUGUUCUGCAGAAUAUGACUUCUUUGAAGGAGGUUUGGUUGCAUUCAAAUGGGUUUACGGGUCCUUUGCCAGACUUCUCUGGUUUGAAAGAUAUGGAGAGCUUGAGUUUGAGGGAUAAUUCCUUCACUGGCCCAGUUCCUAUUUCUUUGGUGAAUAUUAAAUCUUUGAAGGUUGUGAAUUUGACUAAUAAUUUGUUGCAAGGGCCAAUGCCUCAGUUUGGCGCUUCAGUAUCUGCUGAUACGACUGUGGGUUUAAAUAGCUUUUGUUUGCCACUUCCUCAUGACUGUGAUUCGAGGUUGAAUACAUUGCUUUCCAUUGUGAAAACGUUUGGUUAUCCUCGAAAGUUUGCGGAGAGUUGGAAGGAAAAUGAUCCAUGUGCAGAUUGGAUUGGGAUUAGUUGUAGCAAUGGAAAAAACAUUACUGUUGUUAAUUUCCGGAGGAUGGGCCUUGUGGGUACAAUAUCUCCUGAGUUUGCUUCACUUAAAUCAUUGCAAAGAUUGAUUCUUGCCGAUAAUAAUCUCACUGGUUCCAUCCCAGAGGAACUUACUACUCUGCCCGCACUUAAAGACCUUGAUGUGUCGAACAAUCAGAUUUAUGGGAAAAUCCCACCUUUUAGGAGCAAUGUGAUUGUGAAUACUAAUGGAAACGUGGGUAUAGGAGGGGAUAAGAGUGUCCCUCCAACUCCUGGCUCUCCAUUUACUGGUACAUCUAAUAACACUGGUUCAGGAACUAUGGGGGGUUCUGUAAAUGGUGGCAAGAAGUCUUUAGGUUUAGUUGGAGUGAUUGUGUUUUCUGUGAUUGGUGGUGUGUUUUUUAUUGUCUUAAUUAGUUUGUUGGUCUUCUGUCUGUACAAAAAGAAACAAAAGCGGUUCAGCAGAGUACAGAGCCCAAAUGCCUUGGUGAUUCAUCCUCGAAACUCUGGGUCUGAUAAUGGAAGUGUUAAAAUCACAGUUGCUGGCUCAAGUGUCAGUGUUGGUGCUAUUAGCGACACCAAUACUAUUCCAAGCAGUGAGCAAGGUGACAUGCAAAUGGUAGAGGCAGGUAACAUGGUCAUUUCUAUUCAAGUCUUAAAGAAUGUGACCAACAACUUCAGUGAGGAAAAUAUAUUGGGACGAGGGGGUUUCGGAGUGGUCUACAGAGGCGAACUACAUGAUGGUACGAUGAUAGCAGUGAAGAGAAUGGAGUCGGGGGUAAUAACUGCAAAGGGGUUAGCUGAAUUCAAGUCUGAGAUUGCUGUUUUGACUAAGGUUCGACACCGGCAUCUUGUUGCACUUCUUGGCUAUUGCUUGGACGGGAAUGAAAGGCUUCUUGUUUACGAAUAUAUGCCUCAAGGGACACUAAGCAGGCAUCUCUUCAACUGGGUGGAAGAGGGAUUGAAACCCCUAGAGUGGACAAAAAGGUUGACUAUAGCCUUGGAUGUAGCAAGGGGUGUUGAGUAUCUUCAUGGAUUGGCACACCAAAGCUUUAUUCACAGGGACCUAAAGCCUUCGAACAUUCUUCUUGGGGAUGAUAUGAGGGCUAAGGUUGCAGAUUUUGGUCUAGUGAGACUUGCUCCAGAAGACAAAAACUCAAUCGAAACGAGAAUAGCUGGAACUUUUGGAUACUUGGCACCAGAAUAUGCAGUUACAGGCAGAGUGACAACCAAAGUUGAUGUAUAUAGCUUUGGGGUGAUAUUGAUGGAAAUAAUCACAGGAAGAAGAGCUCUAGAUGAGACCCAGCCCGAGGAGAGCAUGCACCUUGUAACAUGGUUCAAAAGAAUGUUCAUCAACAAAGAUACAUUCCGCAAGGCCAUUGACCCAACAGUUGAUGUCAACGAAGAAACACUUGCGAGUAUCAGCACUGUUGCUGAGUUGGCAGGUCAUUGCUGCGCUAGGGAGCCAUAUCAAAGGCCUGACAUGGGCCAUACUGUCAAUGUUCUAUCUUCUUUAGUCGAGCUUUGGAGACCGACAGAUCAAAACACAGAAGACAUAUAUGGCAUUGACCUAGACAUGUCAUUGCCACAAGCACUAAAGAAGUGGCAAGCUUAUGAUGGUAGAAGUAACACGGAGUCUUCCUCUUCUUCGCUCCUUCCAAGCUUAGACAAUACCCAGACAAGCAUUCCUACACCCCCAUCUGGAUUUGCCGAGACAUUCACAUCCGCAGAUGGGCGAUGAGUACGCAGGUCUUGUAUAUGAAGGUGAUGCUGCUUCUGUAUGUUCAUCCUAUUUACUUGUUUUUGGUUUGUUUUCUUUGUCAGACUGUCUAGACCCAACAUUCCUCCCUCCUUUGUCCCACUAGUUGAAACUUAGUUUGCGCUUGUUAUUAACUUAGUUUUCUUGGAACUGCAUGUUAGAUGAGAUUCUGAAGAGAAAGAAAAAGGUUUGGCCUUCAGUUCUGCUUUGUAUUUCUCAUCUGGUAGUGGUUUUUGUGCAAAGUUGCCAAGUAUUGGAUAA